AUGGCUACCCCUAGUGUCCUAGCUUUUGACGCUGAGGGUCGCGCCAUUGACUUUGAGGUCUGGGUCGACGACCUGCAGCUGUUCUUACAGUGCGAUAGGGCAGACGGUCUUUCCCUCUUUGACCUCACCUCUGGCGCCUCUCCUGCCCCUGCUGCUGAUGCUGACCCUACUGUUCGCUCCCAGUGGGCCACGCGCGAUGCUGCUGCACGUAUUGCUGUGCGUCGCCACCUCCCUACCUCUGAGCGUGCGCACUUUAGUCAGUACAAGAGUGCUCAGACCUUGUACGACGCUGUAGUUGCACGCUACUCCUCCCCUGCCACUGCUGCACUGAGCCGGGUGUUCUCCUUUCCCCCCUUUUGCCCUCUAUCGCCUCUGCCACUGCGGCCGACCUCGUUGGUCUUGAGUCGGUCGGUGCGGCGUCUGCCCCUAGCGGGAGACGCCGCCCUGGCAAGGGCAAGGGGGGCAAGGGAGCGGGUGGAACUAGCGGGGGCGGUGGAGGUGGAGGUGGAGGCGGCGGAGGGAGUGGGGGUGGCGGUGGGAGUGGUGGCGGGGGUGGAGGUGUCGGUGGCAGCAGUGGAGGCGGAGGCGGCGGCGGUGGCGGAGGCGGAGGAGGCGGUGGUGGAGGUGGUGGAGGUGGUCGGGGUGGCGCUUCGCAGCGGAGCAGCACUGGUGGUGCGUCAGCGUGGUGGGGGUUUUGGUCCCUGCACCUACGUCCUUCGCACCGGCGACCGCGCGGGUGAGCAGUGUGGGGGUGCCCACCCCACCCAGCGCUGCUUUGGCCGCCUGACGGACGCUUGGCGUCAGCAGUUCCCGGAGGCCACUAAGAUCCCCCGCUGGGGAGAGCUGUCUAGGGCAGGCGUAGCUAUCUAUGAUCUUGACUUUGAUGCUAUCCUUGCUGCCAUGUAUGCUGUGACUAUUAGUGAUGAGGGUGACUGUUACCGGUGUUUCCCGCCCGACCCGGGCAUUGGUACUGCUGCUCUAGGUACUGGUGAGGUUGCUGCUCUAGGUGCCAGUGCGUCUGCGCUCUCAGGUACUGUUGAGUCUGCGCUCUCAGGUACUACGUCGGCUUCGGCCUCCCUCACCUUCACCCUUGACUCUGGAGCGUCUCGCUCCUUCUUUCGGGACUGCACCUCGCUCACGCCGCUUAGUCGGCCUGUUGCGGUGUCUCUGGCUGACCCCUCUGGGGGUCCUGUCCUGUCUCGCUUCUCCACAGUCCUCCCGUGUCCGGCGGCUCCCUCUGGCACCCUGUGUGGUCUUUACCUCCCCUCGUUCUCUACGAACCUGGUGAGUGGUGCUGACCUACAGGAUGCGGGUGUCCACCAGUUCACUCCUGCGCGCCAGCGGGGCCCUGGCCCUGCCUGUGUCCCCUGUGUCGAGGGGCGCCAGCGUGCUGCCCCUCACUCCUCCCAGUUUCCUCUGACAGAGGCCCCGUUGCAGACGCUUCAUAGGGACGUGUGGGGCCCAGCCCGCGUCCGUGGACAGGGUCACGAGCGCUACUUCCUGCUCGUUGUUGACGACUACUCGCGUUACACCACAGUCUUCCCCUUGCGCCGCAAGGGUGAUGUCACUGAGGUGCUGAUCGACUGGAUCCGCGCGGCUCGUCUCCAGCUCAGGCAGAGCUUUGGCUCAGACUUCCCUGUUCUGCGUCUGCACUCGGACAGAGGCGGAGAGUUCUCCUCUGGCCUUCUGCGAGCCUACUGUCGUGCACGAGGCAUCCGCCAGACCUUCACGCUUCCGGACUCACCGCAGCAAAAUGGGAUUGCUGAGCGCCGCAUUGGCAUGGUCAUGGACGUCGCUCGUACGUCUAUGAUGCAUGCGGCUGCCCCCCAUUUUCUGUGGCCGUUUGCGGUGAGGUACGCGGCGCAUCAGAUCAACCUUCACCCCAGGGUCUCCAAGCCGGAGACCUCCCCAGCCCUGCUGUGGACGGGGAAGGUUGGCGAUGCGUCGGCGUUCCGGUUCUACCACCCCACCUCUCGCCGUGUUCUGUCCUCCCAGGAUGUCACGUUCGACGAGUCGGUCCCCUACUACCGCCUCUUCCCCUACCGCACUCCGUCCCUCCCCCCGCCCCCACUCUUCCUUGUACCAGGUCCCCCUCCGGUAGACCCCCUUCCCCCUCAGGGUCCUGCCCCUUCAGGUGUGUCCCAGGUAGACGCAGUCAAGCCGGUCGGGGUCACUGGUGACUUUGGUGCUGCUGGGGGUGCGGAGCCUAGGGGUGCUGAGCCUGGGGGUGCUGAGUCUGGGGGUGCUGAGCCUGGGGGUACUUGGCCUGGGGGUGCGGAGCCUAGGGGUGCUGAGCGUGGGGGUGCUGAGCCUAGGGGUACUACGCCUUGGGGUGCUGAGCUUGGGGGUGCUGAGCCUGCAGGUGCUCUACCUGGAGGUUCUCCGGGUGCUUCGUCUUGCCGGGAGCCACUCUCUCCACGGGAGCUGCGCGAGUGGUUUGCCCGGCGCUGGAGCCGUGCUGCAGGUGCUGGAGGUUCUUUGGCUGCUGAGGGUGCUGCUGUCGCGGGUUCCGGAGCUACUCGUACUGGGAGUACUGGAGCUGCUGGGCCUGCGGGUUCGACUCGAGCUGGUGCUGCUGAGGGUGUUGGCGCUGAGACCACCACUGGCGGUCCUGCUGGGGGUGCUCUUGGUGCUGCUGGAGGUUCUGGAGCUGCUCGAGGUGCUGCUGGAGCGGGUGCUCCUGCUGGGGGUUCUGCGUCGUGA